AUGAAACAACAUCCAUCUACCGAGAAACACUUGACUGGAACUGAAGCGGCUUCCAGUGGUGUGAGCGAACCACAAUCAAAGCUCCAUGUAUUCCUCGCAACCCUUCCACUGUGGGUUAGCAGCAAUCUCACCAAGCCACGGUCGUUGAAGACUUUGCUUCGGUGCUGGCUAGCCUCAUGGGUAGGGUUCAUUAUCAUUCUUCCGGAUGCCUCGCUCAACGUCCUUGGCACUGCCGGAUUCUUCGCAAUGCUCUGCAGUUUCUUCCUACCUCCAAAUCUACCAGUGCAGCUAUUCUGCUUUAUGAUGCUCACGCUUGUUGUCGGGCUGUGCUUCAGCUGGGGCAUCGGUAUAGCAGCAAUGCGUGCAGCCAAUGCCGUGAGGAGUACCGCACAUAUUCAAGCAGUCGCACUACAGAUACAACAAAGUAAUCCUACUUUCCAAGCUGAUCCCACUCUAGCAUUAACUACGGCUAUAUACAAUGGCAAAUUUCUCGACAUUCGCGCUUCUGUGAUAUAUGGCUGCUUUCUUGGCUUUUUCGCCUUUAUCUACGGCUUGAUCAGAGCUUACAUACCAGUGCUCACCUUCACUUCUAUCUUUGCAACGAUUGGGCUCGAUAUUUUCUGCACCUUUGGUCCCCUCCUUCCGACUGCUGAAUACACCCUGCUCAAGACAUUUUUGAUUUCCGUGGGCUGUUAUACCGGUAUCGCUCUGAUAACCACCCUUUUCGUUUUUCCUGAAACUAUGAGCCAUUCUGCCUUACGAUCUGUAUGCGAGCAACUGGACAGGGUAGAAAAAUUUGUGACGAUGCAGGGAGAGGUUCUCAAAACCGUCGAUAGAGAGGAUGGCCAAGCUGGAAUUGACAUGUUCAAACCAGGAACCCUGCUUCUGACGAAGCUGGACGGAAUAAAGACCAUGAUGGUGGCCGUCAUGAGGCAAUUGAAUGCUACUUCCGGCAUGAUCUCGCUCGAAUUCAGCUAUGGUAAAUGGAGCUCUGACGAUGUGAAGGACUUGAUCACUCCUCUCAGAGGUAUUGUCGCACGUUCCAUAGGUUUGGACAGUUUUUCAAAAAUCGUUUGGCGGACGACGGAUUUGGCUGAGGACCCGCCGAAUACCACCACCACUCUUAAUCCUUCCAACAAAACGUUCACAUCGGUCGAUCCCUCCAUCAAUGCAUACAACGACGCACAUCUCCUUCGACAAAUGACAAGCCAAACCCUCCAAUAUGAGAACAGUCAUCACCUUCGUAUCGUAGACAUCCUUCCACUAGCUGAGACUGCUACCUUCGAGCUGCGCAAAGCAAUUGUUACUGCUGUCGCUGUUACGCGCAAGAAUCUUGACAAUGUCAACCGGCAUCGGUGGACGCGACAUCCAGAUAUCGAUGGGGAGUUGAUAAGAGAAUUAGAUGCUGCAUAUGAGAGCUUAACCGCAGCGCUCAAGGAUUUCACCCAAGACAAUCAAAACGCAAAGAGAAUGCAAAUCCUCAAACCUUUCCUCGCCCUUUUACAAAAAGAAGACGGAACUGUUCUAACGAAAUCCGAACAAGAAGCUUUACCCUUCCGAUCUCUCUUCAUUGCCUUUGUUCUCGGCACGAAUCUCGUUUCGCUCUCUGAGGCGGUAAUCGCGAUGAUGAAUAUCGUGAGAACAACGACCGCGAAGAGGCAACAGAACAGACUUUGGGCCCCUAAAGGUUUGCGGAAGAUCGGGAAGUUGCUCAGAGGGGCCGGGGGAAGUGGAGAGGAAGCUGAUGGGGGUCAAGCAUUCGGGGAGGAUGCUAUACCGUCAAAGGAAGAUUUCGAUGAUACUGGAUCAGAAAAAAAGCUCGAUCCCGACAGCAGACCGCCUACAAACAUUUUCCAAAAGAUAAUGAAUAAAUUGCACGGCUUAUAUCGCUGGUGCGGAACUCCGGAAGCAAAGUUUGCCUUUAAGUACGCGUUCAUCAGCAUUGCGACCUGGAUUCCGGCGGUAGUCAACAACUCUGCUAAUUUCUAUUACGAGGAAAAGGGCGUUUGGGCACUGAUCAUGGCCCAGACCACGUUGAAUAUCUAUGCUUCUGAUCAAGUGUUCAACCUCGUCAUUCGUCUAAUAGGCACGUUCGUCGGGGCCAUCCUUGGGCUUGCUGCGUGGUAUAUCGGAAACGGAAAUGGUGUGGGCAAUCCUUACGGCGCUGCUGCUGUCACUGCUGUAUUCAUGCCACCAUUGCUAUUCGUAAGGAACUUUGCCCCGCAGAGAUAUUUGCCAGGUGUCCUGUUAGGUUGUGCUACCUUUGCACUUGUUAUGGGAUAUUCAUGGGUGGAUGGACACGUUGCGCAGUUCUCGAGUCCUGGUAUCGGAUGGUCUAUCGCCUGGAAACGAUUUACCCUGGUCAUUAUAGGCUCAACAGCGGCUUUCAUCAUCAUGAUGCUUCCGCCAUCAUCUGGUCGGAAAGCUGUCCGUCUUCGAAAUGCAUUUGUUAUUACCGGCCUUGGCAAUCUCUAUUCUUUCCUCAUGUCAACUUGGCUGUCAGAUGCCCCGCUUUCAAAUAAAGCUGCUACUCCUGCUCCCUCUCAACCUGAUCCUAGUCACCCUAUCCAUUCGGUUCGAUGGCUUGAUAAAUUCCGAGUCAGACUUCUGAGCUUGUCAGAUGAGUUGAACGCGUUGAAGCAAUUGACCAUGACAGCAACAUGGGAGGGGAGCAUCCGGGGCAAGUGGCCUGCAGAAGAGUAUACUGCUUUGCUGGAUGCGGAAGGAGAGAUGCUUAUUGGGUUGGCACUUCUCGGAGGCGCAUUGGCGCAUUUGACUGAUGAGUCCCGUGUGGCAUUCAUGCACAACACCCGCGUACUGAACCCUAAUCUAAUUGCGGAUGUCAUGACCGCUUUCUCGCUCAUCUCACAGUCAUUGCGCAACGGAGAGCCACUUCAUCAAGUGCUACCUCAAAGCCUUGUCGGUCGACUAUUGUACCACCACUAUAAUCAUCAUAACCUUCACGAGGGUUUGCCCGAUAGAGCUCACGGGGGAGACGGCAUCACUGUCGAGACCCUUUCUUCGUUGGACUACAUGUUUUAUGCGACAGGCAUAGUUGCUGUCUUCCUUGUGCUCAAGUCGGUUGAUGAUUUACAAAAGAUCACGAGGAGACUAUGUGGCGAAGUUCCAUUCGAAGGUUUUGAAAAGUGGAGAAGUCAGUUCGAGAGUGCACAUGCUACAUCAUAA